AUGACACAACACAAAAACUCGAUGGUGUACAUACCCACUACAAAGGAAGUCAAAAGACGUAGCGGGAAAUCAAAUGGCAUACUGAAUGCCAUCGAAGAGUUCAUCGAAAAGCUUUAUUGGACUUACUACAUUCAUUUACCCUUUUAUUUAAUGGCAUCCUUUGACUCAUUUUGUCUUCAUGUCUUUUUUCUCACGAUUUUCAGCCUAAGUUUCUUCGGUAUAAUUAAAUACUGCUUCCUUUGA